CUUUGACAUUGAACCAUUCAAAAGAAUUCAUUGAAAAUCGCUGGAAAUUACACAACUUCUGGAAUUUCUUUCGGCUGUCAUUGGAGUUUGCAGAUUAACAAAGAAACGCCAGAAAUGCUGCCGCCAGCAAUAAAAUAAAUUCAACAGACUCAUCCACCUAUUUGAGGGUGGCAUCCUGGACAAAAUGACCACCGCUGAGUACACCGCCCAGUCCCGUCAGAUGACCAAGGAUCAGGCCCAACAAUCCAAGGAGCUGGCCGCUGCCGAAAGCGCCAAGGCCAACUCCAAUGCUAAGAGCAGCGAGGCACCAGCUCAGGAGCUCAAUCAGGAUAGCGAAAUCAUCAGUGCUCUCAAUCUAAGGAUGCUACAAGGCGCCUUCAUAGCACUUGGUGUGGGUUCUGUGGCAGCGGCUUCCAUGUUGCUGCUGGAGCUGCUUUUUCGUUGGCUGCCACUCGCCAGAGCUUUGAGGCUUUCUUUUCAUCGUUGCAUGCGUCGCUGGCGUCGCCUCAAGCGUUCCGUUCGUCUCUUCACCGUUCGAAUCCUUGCACCCAAACUGGGAUAG